AUGCCACUACUCUCUCUCUCUCUCUCUCUCUUCCCAUUUCUCUCUCAGAUUGAUCCACUUCCCCAAACUGGGGUUUAGCAGCGUAGUUUCUAAUCACUGAUGCGAAUCCUGAUUCAUGUGGAAAACCCUAAUCCUUCAAAUCACAGAUAAGUGGCUGUCUACGUUCUCUAAAUCUCUAAUUUUUUUUAUUUCUCUGUUACUCUUUCCACUGUUUCCUCAUCUUUCUCUCUCUGAACAUCUGAAACCAAUACUCGGUUUCCCAUUUUCUCUCGCUCUCUCUCUCUAAACUUUCGAAACCAAUCAAGGUUUUUUCACUCUCUCUCUCUCUCUCUCGCAGAACAUCUGGAACAAUCAAGGGUUUUCAUCCUCUCUCUCUCUCUCUCUAAAUUUCUGAAACAAUCAAGGUUGUUUCGGUUUUUCUCUCCGUUUUUCUUCUACUGAACAUCUGGACCUAGACAAGGGUCUUUCCUUUUUCUCUCUUUUCUGCCCCUUUCCAUGGCUUCGGCUGGAAACCCAAAUCAAACAGGAGGCUUUGAUGUUCAAAAACUUUUCAAACCAGGAAACCCGUCAAAUAUGAACCCUAAUCAACCCUCUGGUUAUAACCCACCGCCUUCAGCUCCAUUUCCACCUCCUUUUAGCUCUCCCCAGGUCCCAAACCUCCCAAAUUUACAGUCUGGUCCUUUCUCUUACCCACCCCAAAGCACCCCAUUCCACCCUUACUUGCAUUAUCCCCAAGAUCAGAUUCCAAGCUCUCAACCAAUUAGAACUCCAAAUUUUCAGAAUACUCCACCUUUUACAAGCUCCCCUUUGCCCCCAAUUCACCCAAACUUCACUCAACCCCAGUCUGGCCCUAACCCAGGUGCUAGAUUAAUGGCACUUUUGAGUACCCACUCAUCAGGUGAGCCUCUUGGUCCCACAAAUUUGGAGUUACCCCAUGGCCCAAUAUCCUCUGGUGAUAGCAAUUUCAAUCAAACUACUGCUUCUCCUCAAAUAGGUUCGAACAUUUCAAGUCCUCCACCUGCUCAAUUUCCCGCAAUUCCCACUGCUCCUCCUGUUAGUUUAGCCCCUCCUCCAAAUGCCCAACCUAGUAGAAUGUCUAGUAGUAAGCUUCCUAAAGGCAGACAUAUAAGAGGGGAUCAUGUUGUGUAUGAUGUCGAUGAUAGAAGGCCUGGAGAGGUUCAACCUCAACUUGAGGUGAAUCCGAUAACAAAGUAUGCUUCGGAUCCGGGGCUUGUUGUUGGUCGACAAAUCGCAGUCAAUAAGACUUACAUAUGCUAUGGUUUGAAGUUGGGGGCGAUUCGGGUUUUGAAUAUCAACACUGCAAUAAGAUCGUUGCUUCGUGGGCAUUCUCAGAGGGUCACUGAUAUGGCUUUCUUCGCAGAGGAUGUGCAUUUGUUGGCAAGUGCAAGUGUGGACGGCAGAGUAUUCAUUUGGAAGAUAAUUGAAGGCCCAGACGAGGAGAAUAAGCCACAGAUUACAGCUGACAUUAUCCUAGCCAUGCAGAUAGUGGUAGAUGGCGAAUCAUCUCAUCCACGCAUAUGUUGGCACUCACACAAGCAAGAAGUUCUGGUGGUUGGCAUUGGGAAACAUGUUUUUAAGAUCGAUACGACCAAGGUGGCAAAAGGAGAUGGUUUUGUUGCUGAGGACCCUAUCAAGUGCCAUGUUACCAAGCCUAUAGAUGGAGUUCAAUGUAUUGGUACACAUGAUGGGGAAGUCACGGAUCUCUCAAUGUGCCAAUGGAUGGCAACUCGUUUAGUUUCAGCAUCUACUGAUGGCACGGUAAAGAUCUGGGCAGACAAGAAGUCAUUGCCUCUUGCAACUCUAAGGCCCCAUGAUGGUCAACCUGUUGGUUCUGUUGCAUUCUUAACCUCCCCUCACCGCCCUGAUCACAUAGUUCUUCUAACUGCUGGUGCUCUCAACCGAGAACUGAAGUUGUGGGCCUCUGCUGGCCCUGAGGGAUGGCUUUUGCCAAGUGAUGCUGAACAAUGGCAGUGCAUGCAGACACUGGAUCUGUGGAGUUCAUCUCAACCUCAGCCUGAAGAAGCAUUUUUCAACCAAGUUGUGGCCUUACCUCGUGUUGGCCUCAUCUUACUAGCAAACGCAAAGAAGAAUGCUAUAUAUGCAGUGCACAUAGAAUUUGGAUCUUCUCCUUCUGGUACUCGCAUGGACUAUGUAGCUGAAUUUACAGUUACAAUGCCAAUUUUGAGUUUUACUGGCACAACCAAUGGCUUACAAAUUGGGGACCUAGGUAUAAUUCAGGUAUAUUGCGUUCAAACGCAAGCCAUUCAACAAUAUGCCCUAGAUUUAUCUCAGUGUUUGCCACCACCAUUGGAGCACUUGGGGUCAGAUGCGGUGUCUGGUCUUUGUAGUGCUUUUGAGGCAGCAAAUACUUCUUCCACCUAUUCUGCCCCUGAUCCAUCUCCUGAAAUGGGGGGAAUGCCAAGACCGAGAUCACCUCUACCUGUGAGCAGCUCCGAGAGUGCACCUAUGGCUAAAGGUCCUGUAUAUCCCAGUCCCAUAGAGGUCCUUAAGAGUCAUGAAUUGGGUACUUCGAGUUCAGAAGUGAAGCUCUCGGGCUUGGCUAGUGUAAGUUCUGGCUCUGAACUGGGUAACAUUCCGGUCCCACCUCCUCCACUGAGUCCAAGAUUAUCAGGAAGGUUAAGUGGUUUUAGAAGUCCUAGAACUAAGAGCUUCGAGGAAGGGGCUGGUGGAGACCAGUUGGUUCAUGAAUACUCAGUUGAGAGGAGGGUCGAGGCCCUUCCUAAUGCCCCCUCAGAUGAUGGCUCAGUAAAGGAAGAGAGAAAAUCUACCCAUACUGAAAACUCUGUCGUUCCAAGUGCUCCCAUGUUGUUCGAGAAAUCAGAAAACAUGAUAACCUCAUCUGAGAGUUUAACAAUGAAGAUAUCUUCUUCUGAUAGUUCUCUAGUUACCCAAGAUUUGAGAGGAGGAGAACUACAGGUCCAAGAUGUGACUGUCAAUGCUGAAGCCAACAAUGAAGAGGUUGAAGUCAAAGUAGUGGGAGAGAGUGGGCAAGAUCAAGUAGAGGAGAGGGGAACUCUUGCUCCAUUUUCUGAGAAGACUGAGAAAUGCUUUCUCUCUCAAGCGUCUGAUAUCAGCUGUGAAACUGCUAGAGAAUGCUUUUCUUCUACUGAAAUAUUUUCCCUUGAGGAGCCUCGCCAAGUGGAGGAAGUGGGAGUUGUAGAGGAAAGAGAGCAGUCUUCAAGUGCUCAGGUAGAAGAACGUCAGGGAACCCCAAAGGAUAUAGCUAUUAAAAUGAACGAAACUUCACCAAAUGUUAAUGCAACACAAUCUCCUUUAUCAGCUGGAAAAGGGAAGAAACAAAAAGCAAAGCCAUCUCAAUCAACAGCACCAAGUCCUUUUAAUUCAACAGAUUCUUUAAGUGGGGACCCUGGUUGCAGCUCAGCUGUUCCUUCAACAGAAGCUGUCUCCUCUCAGAUUCUUGCCAUGCAGGAGACCCUAAAUCAGCUUGUUACCAUGCAAAAGGAAAUGCAGAAGCAAAUGACUGCAAUGAUCUCUGUCCCAGUUGCGAAAGAAGGCAAGAAAAUAGAAGCAGCAAUUGGUCGAAGCAUGGAGAAACUUGUGAAGGCCAAUAUGGAUGCCUUGUGGGCCCGUUUCCAAGAGGAAAAUGCGAAGCAUGAGAAGGCUGAAAGGGAACGAGCCCAACAGAUUACAAGCUUGAUCACAAAUUUUACAAACAAGGAAGUGCCUGCCAUGUUAGAGAGGACUAAGAAAGAGUUGGCUACAAUGGGACCAACAGUAGGCCAGGCCAUUACCCCAGUUAUUGGAAAGAUGGUUUCUUCUGCCAUUGCUGAAUCUUUCCAGAAGGCACUUGGUGACAAAGCUAUGAAUCAACUGGAAAAGACUAUUGGAUCAAGGCUGGAAUCUUCAGUGUCUCGACAAAUCCAGUCACAACUUCAAACCUCUGUGAAGCAAGCUAUCCAGGAUGCAUUGAGGUCGAGCAUGGAGUCUUCAAUGAUACCUGCAUUUGAGGCAUCGUGCAGGGCCAUGUUUGAGCAAAUUGAUACUGCAUUCCUGAAGGGAAUGACAGAGCACACUACUGCUGCUCUGCAGCAAUUUGAAUCAACACAUUCUUCUUUGGCCAUGACAUUGCGGGAUUCUGUUGCUUCUGCCUCGUCAAUCACUCAGACAUUGUCUGCCGAAUUAGCAGAUGGUCAACGCAAAAUUUUGGCUCUUGCAGCAAACCAAAAUUUGGGGAACCCAUUGGCUAAGCAGCAAAGCAAUGGUUCUCUUGCUGCUUUCCAUGAGAUGGAGGCUCCAGUAGACCCAACAAAGGAGCUAUCAAGACUUAUAGCAGAACACAAAUUCGACGAAGCAUUCACCAAGGCUCUUCAAAGAAAUGACAUUGCUCUGAUUUCCUGGUUGUGCUCACAGGUCGAUUUGCCAGCCUUACUCUCAACUGUGCCAUUACCCUUAAGCCAAGGGAUUAUCUUGGCUCUCGUUCAGCGGUUAACAUAUGAUCUUGGACCUGAUUCACCGCGAAAAUUGACAUGGAUUAGAGAGGCUGCUUUGGUUCUAAACCCUACGGACCCCAUCAUCAACGCUCAUGUGCGUGGUAUCCUCGAGCAAGUUUACCAAAUGCUUAUGCACCACAUGUCUCUCGCUACGAGCUCGUCCGACAGUAGCAACUUGCGUGUUGUCAUGCACAUCAUCAAUUCCCUUUUGUCAACCUGCAAAUGAUGGUGGUGGUGUUUCUCACUCGUCUCGUACAUACAUGGAUGGAUAAUUACAUACAUGGAGGAAUGCAUAUACAUGGAUGGAUUGAUAUAUAAAUGGAUGGGAUUGAUUGUCAUGUAAAUUGUUGGUAGGGAGAGUUAUUAGUGAGUAUGUACAUUAGGGGAUCCGAAAAAGUGUUUUUGUAGUUGUUUUCUCUUUUUGGUUUCUCUCACUCUCUCUCGCUCUCUCAAUCUUUUGUUAGUGCUGAAAAGACUGGAUAUGCAUUGCAAGGGGUAUUGUAAAAGACACGAAGAACAAGUGUGUAUGCCAUCCAGAAAUUCUUCAGUUCUGCAAAUCCAUAUUUUUCCCUUUC